UGGCACAAAGUUGCAUGGAUGAAGUGUACAUAAGCCCUGGGUCGGGGUAAAAAUUAAAAAUUUUUGUGAAAAAGUUGUCACGAAGUAAGAUAUUUGACUGGAAUUUUUGGUUACAAAUAAUGAUCCCUUAGAGAUAAAGCUCCCUCACGAAUUAAGGUAACUCUACUGUCGCCUGGUGACACGAAUUAUGGACAUCGUAACUUUUACUUGUCCUCUUUAAAUGGAACAUUUACUUGGCAUAGAAGAAAUCCUUAAAAUUGCAACAGAUUUUAAGCAUGCUGAAACUCAAUGACGUCCAAGAAACGAAAAUUGUCUUCCUUCCGCACCAUGACCACGAUUUUUCAGGACGAGUUUUGUGUCCCUCUCGAGUUAAACCACUUCUUAUAAAACGACAAUAAUGUUCGCGAAUCGCGACGAAUUAAAGGGUUAAAUAAAAAAUGUCAUGCUAUAUAUGUUUGUUCCCUCAAGCUUAUGCAUUAUUUUAAUACUUAAAAGUCUCACAUUCUGGUUCCACCAGUCUGGCAUGGGACGGUGCGGGCAGAAGUGGAACUCUAAUGUCCACCCCAAUACCAUGAAUUUAUGUAGAUCAACAAUUUCAUAACUACUUUUGUAAUCGAACUAGAAGUAUCUACGGCACCAAAUUAUUUACUUACAUAUUCCGUAUAAUUUUGUAUGUCACUCUACCUCCUUCAAAAUGAUUAAAGCAAGUUUACCCACAAUUUAUAUUAGUUUAAUAUUAAUUAAUAGAACAUUUACAAAUUUGGACCUUACUAAAACAAAUGUUGAAUUAGAUUUGCAUGUAGUAUCGAAGAAUAAUAACUCACAAGAAAAUACGUCUCCAAUUAGCAUAACUCUUAACACCAAUUCUCCCAUUGCAAGAUACGUUCUUCCUCACAAUUAUAAUAAUACCUUACAAUUUAGAAUCCCAUUGAAUUUUCCUCGCCUUAGAAAUAUUACUUUCACUCUUUGGAUCCUAUCUCAACCUGCAAUUGGUGACACUGUAGGGCUAAUUAAUAGUACAGGAUCUGGAUAUAGAGAAAACGUCAUUUUUCUCAUAAUUAUACAAAACUUGGAUCAACCAAAUCUCAAUCAGUCAUUCAAACUUUUUUGGUACUCGGCAAAAAUAAUUUUCACAUUUUUCACACAACCUUUUCAAAACAGAUCGACUUAUUUCGUUUGUAAUUAUUGCCAACAAAAUCCAAACAUUUUAGAACCAAUACAAUUAAGCGAAAGCUUUCUCUUUAACGCGCAAACUGAAAGUAAACAAUUUCCUAAAGUGUUGGCAGCAAUGAGAGGAACCCCAGAUGAGUUUUGCGACAAAUUUACUUGCGAAGCGACAUUUCGUAUCGGUGGCGAAACAAAUUUUUAAUUUUUCCCUAUUUUUCUUUGUAUACCAACAUGGUGAUGGAAUGGACGAUGUCAAGAAUAAAAGUAACUCGCACUCGAUUUACAUUGUUAGAGAAAGUUACUCGGAAUGGCACAGAAAGGUGGGUGUGAAUUAUGCACCUUACAUCGUAGACACGGAAGAUUAUUAUUUACUUUAUUGUGAAAAUGAGUGGAGAACAAUGGGAUCUUCGUAUUCACAUUGGACGAAUCCUAUCGAUUUGACCACCUGGAUCUUGGUCAUUUUCACUGCUGGAUUUGUGGCCCUUGUAGGAGCUCGGUUUAAGAUGAGAGAUCUCACCCUACGAGUUUUGGACUCGCUGGCAAUAAUACUUCGUAAUCCGAUGGGAAAUAUGGAGAGAUUUUACAUACUACACGUUUUACUAACCUUAUGCUUCCUCUGUAUUAGUUUGCAAUACGAGAGUGUGUUAACGAGUCAAAUAACGAUCCCAGCACCACCUUUAGUGGCGAAGGAUUUGAAAGAAUUGAUUUCGGGGAAAGGGUUUAAAAUGUUAUUUCCUGUCGUUGAUAAAAAGGAUCUCAAACUUUACGACCUGACCGAGUUUAAGAGUGGAUUUGAAAAAUAUGGAAUACAAGAUUUUUAUCCAAAUAUCCAAGGGCAAGAUUCUAAACGAGCAAGUAAAAUGGAUUGUCUAGCAAAUAAGACAAACAAGCUUGCGACGGAUAUUCCUUCUUCGAAUAAAGCAAUGACAAUCUUAGAUUUUGGAAUUGCCUCAUUCAAAAAUGAUCGGCAUUGCCAUUUUGCCAUAGAACCUUUCUUCAAGCGACAUAAUUCUAUGCAGAUACGGGGAUACAGAUUUUGGAGUUUUAUUAGGUUGUUUCACUUAUUCAGGGAAGUUGGGCUAGAAGGGAUGUGGGUGAAAAAUUACAAGUGGUAUGCCAAGUUUUGGAGUAUGCGAAGAUUCAUGAAAUUGAACCAAUCGGCCCUUGUUUUCGCAAAAUAUUCGAAGGACCACUGGGCACCUCAUAAAGCUAUGGAGCUAACGGAUAAAUUUGUACAAAUUUUUGCAAUUUGCGGAGUCAUUGCAAGUUGUGGAAUUUUUUGUUGGAUUUGGGAAAUAUUUUAUGGGAAUCAUUUGACGAUAAGGAAUAUAAGGAAGUUUUUAGGAUAAAAGUUAAUUAGCGAUUUUAUGCGUACUUAAUUAUUUAAUUGGCUAAAGAUAAAUAUAAAUUGUAACAAAAGAAAUUUUGUUUAAAAAAAGCAGGAUACAAAACGUAAUAAAACUUGCUGUGCUGGAUAUUUUAUAUGUAUUUUAGCGACCCUGUUACUUAGAUUUGUAUGACUUGAGUUUUUAGGUUAUUAAUCUACUUAAAAGCGUCAAAAUGUAACAAUUUUUAAUUGUAGUUAUGUAACUUGAUACUUCUCAUAGUAUGUACACCUCGUAUUGUUGCUUGAUUUGAUAAAUAUUUCCAUAAACU